AUGUAUAACAUUUCCAAACAACUCAACAACAAUAGCGUUGACUACAAGGAACCGAUGGAUAAGAUACUACUGGGUGUGUCGUACGCGGCUAUAAUUGACACUGAGUUAUACGAAAGUCCAGAAUUGGAAAUACAAAGCGGACAACAACUGCAACAACAGUCACGACUGGUUGUGGUCUCCGGUCGUACGCAACGUAUUGUCGCCAAUGUAUUGGACAAAGGGUUCGGCGACCGGAAAGCCGACGACGAGUUUCGCACACUUCUGGACAAUGCCUUCAAAGGGAAGAGUCGUACGAAUGGCUCGAAUAGAGUGGACGACGACUUGUGGCGCGGAUUCGCUGUCUUCACGAAGACUACAGACGGCAACCGAUUUCAACAGAUCUCGAGACACAUUGCGAGACAAUUGGCACAAAACAAACCCAGCAUUUGGUUUAUGAUUUCAGGUUUGCGGCCAUAUAUCUGGAAUUCAGUGCUGGCAUUGAUGACAAUCCCGGCGUUUAAGGCAUCGGUGGAAACGUCGGCCCAAAUGCUAUCCCCUCUGGGGGUCGACGGCAUCGAGUGUUUGACCGAAACGAUCGAUUGGAAGCGCGAACUCAACGAACACAACAUUCAUCGCGCGUUUAUCGCCGCAGCCGUACAUCACAUGGCAUUCAUGGACGCCAUGCGGGUCGUAGGGGUCACUCCCGACGGCUAUUUGGGCUCGUCGUUGGGCGAACUCAUGUGCCUAUAUCUGGACGGACUGUGCGAUCGGCGCCAGUUUCUGGCGAUGUGCUCAGCGGUUCGGCCGCCGGUCAGCGACGGACGGCCGCCGGUAUACGGCUUUCUGAUCGGCCAGUCGUGGCCAGAGAUUCAACGUCUAUGUCAGGGCCGCACCGAUAUAUACCCGGCCGAACACAUUGCCCACAAUCUGUGUGGUAUUGGCGGCAACGAAGCGCUGGUACGUGAGCUGCACCGGGAGCUGUGCGCCAGGGGUGUUGAAACGCGCAAGGUCAGUCGCGAACCCGACCCAUUCCACACGGAGUACAUGUUUGAGCCCAAUAUAGGUGCGGCACUGGUGGCACAAUUCACCAAGGUUGUGCCCGAGCGCACCCACCGUCUGCCCACCAAUGGUUGGCUGUCCUCAUCGCGCCCUACGCUCCGGGAGGUUAGCACUAGUGACGGGUGUUUCUCUCUCGCCGAGUGUUUUGCCAACAUUUUGUUGUCUCCCGUAUUGUUUAACGAAGCGGUCGAUCGCUUGCCCGCCGAAGCACUCGUCCUGAAUAUCGCCACUGAUUGCAAGUUAAGAUCCGUCGCCCUAACCGGUAGAGUACAGGAGCGGUACGUUAAGGAGGAGGUGUCGACGAGUCAGCCGGUGUUUGGUAUCAAUCAUUUGUUACGUGAGAUCGGACUCGUGUUUACGGCCGGACACUGGCCUCGGAUUCACGAUUUGAUGGCAAGUGUUUAG